AUGGCGGAGGCGGGCGAGGCUAAGAAGCGGACGUUCCGCAAGUUCAGCUACAGGGGCGUGGACCUGGACCAGCUGCUGGACAUGAACACGGAUGAGCUGGUCGACAUCCUCAACGCGCGCGCGCGCCGGCGCUUCCAGCGCGGCCUGAAGCGCAAGCCCCUCGCGCUCAUCAAGAAGCUGCGCAAGGCCAAGAAGGCCGCCCCCUCCGGCGAGAAGCCCGAGGCGGUGCGCACGCACCUGCGCAACAUGAUCAUCGUGCCCGAGAUGAUCGGCAGCGUGGUGGGCGUGUACAACGGCAAGACCUUCAACCAGGUUGAGAUCAAGCCUGAGAUGGUGGGCCACUACCUGGCGGAGUUCUCCAUCAGCUACAAGCCUGUGAAGCACGGCCGCCCCGGUAUCGGCGCCACCCACUCGUCGCGCUUCAUCCCCCUCAAGUAG